GAUUUCUUGAAUUAAAAUCUACGCAUAUGUAGACACCCCAAAAAGGAAACUCGGGAGUUUUAAUUACGGAAAUUUAUCAGAAACCUAAGAAUUUUUUUCUCCACUAACCUCAAUUCUUCUUAUUUCUCUUGUCUUGAGCCCGCUCAAUCUUUUUAUUUGAAGUCCUUGAACUAGUUCUUCGGGGUUUAUGAAAGGUUGGAUCGAAAACUCCGGAGGGUCGGAGUCAGCAUGACGUAUCCAAUGCUCCGAGUAUUUUAUGGCGGAAAACUCCGGAUUCAAUCAUUCCUGAUCCUACACCACCAGAGAAAGAUUAUGGUCGGAAACUUUUAUCACAUCAAGAUCUUGGUCUUGGUUUUACUCUUGAACUCAGCCCUUGGAAGAAUCUUCACAAAGCCUGACAGAAGGUCCCAGGCUGGUUUUGAAGACGGAAUGUGUACAUCUCCUCCCUCCCUUCAGAUGGCUAAAUUUCUAGAUCGGAUUUGUGAGGACUGUUAUCGUCUCUACAGAGAUAUUGAUGUGUAUCAGAUGUGUAGGUCUGGUUGCUAUGGCAGUGAGUACUUUUUAAACUGCAUGAACAGUAUAAUGGUGAGUACUUCAACAAAGAGCAAAGCUGUUCAUUUUCUCAAUCUCAUCAAUAACUUCUCUACGUAAACCUUUUCUGGAUUUUACAUCUCUCUGAAAUUACCCUGAUCAGUGAUCAACACUAGCACAACGUCUCCAGUUAUGCUCCAAAACCAGUUAACAUCAUCAACAAUUUUUCUACGUAAAUAUUUCUGUACUUCUCCAGUUCUACUCCAGUAUUCCCAAAUUUAUCUAAUCAACAUCUUCUCUCCAGAACUCUUACUCCAGGUACAGUCUCUAACUCUACUCCAGUAUCUGUGACUCAAUUUAAUCAACAUCUUCACUCCAGAACUUUUACUCCAGAUACAGUCUCUAACUCUACUCCAGUAUCUGUUACUCAAUUUAAUCAACAUCUUCACUCCAGAACUCUUAUUCCAGAUACAGUCUCUAACUCUACUCCAAUAUCUGCAACUCAGAUUCAGUCUCCAAUUCUACUCUAUUAUCUGCAACUCAAAUUCAGUUUUCAGUUUUCCUCCAGUAUCUGAAACUCAGAUUCAGUCUCAAGUUCUACUACUGAACCCUUGCUCCAGAUACAGUCUCCAGUUCUACUACAGAACCCUUACUCUAGAUACAGUCUCCAGUUCUACUCCAGUAUCUGCAACUCAGAUUCAGUCUCCAGUUCUACUCCAGUAUCUACAACUCAGAUUCAGUCUCCAGUUCUACCACAGUAUCUGCAACUCAAUCUAAUCAACAUCUUUUCAACAAAAUCCUUACUCCAGAUUAAAUCUCAAGGGCUGCUCAAACAUCCGCAACUUCUCAAUUUCAUCAACAACUUCUCAACAGAACCCUUUCUCCGUAUUAAGUCUCCAACAUCAACCCGACCUCAUCAACACUCUUAUUCAGUUUCACGUUUCCUCCAGAAACAUUUAAACAUCAGUAACUUUCUCACAUUCAAUUUUUCUCCAGACUUCUCUAACGUUUUUUCUCUAAAUAAUGAGACACUAAACCAG